AUGGUACAGGAAGAAGAUCCAGAUCCCACUGAUUUCUUGUUCGUCUCUCUGGAACAAAAACGAAAAGACCAGACUAAGCCUUACGAUGGCAAAAAGAUGGUCUGGGUUCCUGAUGAGAAAGAAGGAUUCAUACUCGGAAACAUAGUGAGUACAAAAGGUGACACAGUGACUGUUGACUGUCCCGGAGGUGAGCGACAAAUUAAAAAGGAACAACUACAACAAGUAAAUCCCCCCAAAUUCGAAAAGACCGAGGACAUGUCAAACUUAACUUACCUGAACGACGCUAGUGUGUUGUACAACCUGAAAGAACGCUACAACUCUAAGCUUAUCUACACUUAUUCAGGAUUAUUCUGUGUUGCCAUCAAUCCCUACAAACGUUUUCCUAUCUACACCAACCGGGUUGUCCAGAUGUACAAGGGCAAGAGAAGAAGUGAAAUGCCUCCUCAUAUCUUUUCCGUGUCUGAUGGUGCUUAUAACGAUAUGUUGCAGAAUCGAGAAAACCAAUCCAUGUUGAUCACCGGCGAGUCUGGAGCCGGUAAGACUGAAAACACGAAGAAAGUAAUUGCUUAUUUUGCAAACGUUGGUGCCAGCAGUAAAAAAGACGAUCGAAAGAAAGGACGUUCCAAAAAGGGUAAUCUGGAAGAUCAAGUCGUUCAGACUAAUCCGGUACUGGAAGCUUUUGGUAACGCCAAAACUGUUCGAAACGACAACUCCUCCCGUUUUGGUAAAUUCAUUCGAAUUCAUUUUGGACCCAUGGGGAAACUAGCAGGAGCUGACAUUGAGACAUAUCUGCUCGAGAAAGCCCGUGUUAUUUCCCAGCAGCCCCAAGAAAGGUCCUAUCACAUAUUCUACCAAAUAAUGUCAGGCCGUAUUCCAGAUCUCAAAGAGAAAUGUCUUCUCUCCAACAAUAUCCACGACUACCACUUCGUGUCUCAGGGUAAAACAGAUAUCUCAGGCGUGGAUGAUAGUGAAGAGAUGCACAUCACAGAUACCGGUUUUGAUGUGCUUGGCUUUUCCGAAGAAGAAAAACUGAACAUUUACAAGAUCACUGCGUCUGUGAUGCAUUUUGGUGAAUUGAAAUUCAAACAAAGACCAAGAGAGGAACAAGCCGAAGCCGAUGGUACAGAAGAGGGAGAGAGAAGCGCUCACCUACUAGGCCUAAACGCCGCUGAUUUGUUUAAAAACUUGCUAAAACCUAAGAUUAAAGUCGGAAAUGAGUUUGUCACACAAGGACGAAACAAAGAACAGGUUUCGUAUUCAGUAGGCGCCUUAGCCAAAGCCAUGUACGAUAGACUUUUCAAGUGGUUGGUAAGGAGAGUAAACGAAACUCUUGACACCAAACAGAAGAGGCAACAUUUUAUUGGUGUUUUGGAUAUUGCUGGUUUUGAGAUCUUUGACCUUAACAGCUUUGAACAACUUUGCAUCAACUUCACUAACGAGAAACUGCAGCAGUUCUUCAACCACCACAUGUUUGUGCUGGAACAAGAAGAGUACAAAAGAGAGGGUAUCGAUUGGGAAUUCAUUGACUUUGGUCUUGAUUUACAAGCUUGUAUUGACUUGAUUGAAAAGCCCUUGGGUGUUCUGUCCAUCCUUGAAGAGGAAUCCAUGUUUCCUAAAGCCAGUGACAAGACCUUUGAGGAGAAGUUGAAGAAUAAUCACUUAGGAAAGUCUCCGAACUUCGUGAAGCCAAGACCACCCAAACCUGGACAAAAAGAAGCACAUUUCGCCAUCGUUCAUUAUGCUGGCACUGUACCCUACAACCUGUUUGGCUGGCUUGAAAAGAACAAGGACCCCUUGAACGAUACCGUUAUUGACCAGUUUAAACAUGGCUCCAAUAAGCUUAUUGUUGACAUCUUUGAAGACCAUCCAGGUCUUGGUGGUGGUGAUGACACUGGCGAGAAAACGGGCAAAGCUCGAAAAAAAGGCUCUGGUUUCCAAACUGUGUCUUUGCUGUACAGGGAACAACUGAACAAGCUGAUGACCACCUUAAGGUCAACUCAACCUCACUUUGUGCGUUGUAUCAUCCCCAAUGAAACUAAAUCUCCAGGUGUAAUCGAUUCUCAUUUGGUGAUGCACCAGCUCACGUGUAAUGGUGUACUAGAAGGUAUUCGUAUCUGUCGUAAAGGUUUUCCUAACAGGAUGGUGUAUCCUGACUUCAAACACAGAUACACAAUUCUGGCCCCCAAUGCUGUACCCAAGGGUUUUAUUGAUGCUAGGCAAGCCACAGAAAAGAUUGUCGAUGCUAUCCAGCUCGAAGCAAAUGAUUUUCGUUUGGGUCACACAAAGGUAUUCUUCCGUGCCGGAGUUCUGGGGAGAUUAGAAGAGAUGAGAGAUGAACGUCUUGGCAAAAUCAUCACUUGGCUGCAGUCGUGGAUCAGGUGGUACCAGUGCAAGAGGGAGUUUAAAAAGCUGCAGGAACAAAGAAUUGCUCUGCUGGUUAUUCAGAGAAACCUCCGGAAAUUUUUGCAGCUCCGCAACUGGCUGUGGUGGAAAUUGUAUUCCAAGGUCAAGCCUCUCCUCAGCAUCGCCCGAGUCGAAGAUGAGCUACGAGCAUUGGAAGAAAAACUUAAAAAGGAGCAUGAGGCCUUUGAGAAGGAGGAGAAGCUUCGUAAGGACCUGGAAACUCAAAAUGUAAAACUCCUGCAGGAUAAAAACGACCUAUUUCUCCAGCUCGAAGCAGAGAGGUCCCAAUGUGGAGAUACAGAAGAACGUCUAGCUAAAGCAAUGUCUCAAAAAGGAGACCUAGAGAGUCAGUUACAGGAAAUCCAAGAACGUCUAACCCAUGAAGAAGACGCUCACCAUCAACUGAAUCAGACAAAGAAGAAACUGGAAACUGAUAUCGCAAGCUUAAAGAAAACAAUCGAAGACCUCGAACUCGCUCUGCAAAAGGCCGAACAAGACAAAGCCACAAAGGACCACCAGAUUCGCAACCUAAAUGAUGAGAUCGCUCAUCAGGAUGAACUUAUCCAGAAGCUCACCAAAGAGAAAAAGCACCUACAGGAAGUAAACCAGAAAACAUCCGAGGAUCUUCAAGCUUCUGAAGAUAAGGUCAACCACUUAACCAAAGUGAAGGUCAAACUGGAACAAACUCUUGACGAGCUAGAGGACAACCUCGAACGGGAAAAGAAGCAAAGAGGAGAUCUUGAGAAGACCAAGAGAAAGGUCGAAGGGGACCUGAAGCUCGCUCAAGAAGCAGUAGCAGACCUAGAAAAGAACAAAAAAGAACUAGAACAAGGCCUUCAGAGAAAGGAUAAGGAAAUGGCCAGUCUUGCUGCCAAACUAGAAGACGAGCAAAGUUUAGUAGCCAAGCUGCAGAAACAAAUCAAGGAACUCCAGUCUAGAAUUGAGGAACUUGAGGAAGAACUAGAAGCUGAAAGACAAGCUAGAGCUAAGGCUGAAAAACAAAGGACUGAUCUUGCGCGAGAGCUUGAAGAACUUAGUGAGAGACUAGACGAAGCAGGUGGAGCCACUUCGGCACAGAUUGAAUUAAACAAGCGAAGAGAAGCUGAACUGUCUAAACUCAAACGAGACUUGGAAGAAAGCAACCUACAACAUGACCAGGUUCUCUCCAACCUAAGGAAGAAGCACAACGAUGUUGUUGCUGAGCUCAGUGAACAGUUGGAUCAGCUCAACAAACAUAAAGCUCGAAUCGACAAAGAGAAAGCUCAAAUGAAGGGUGAACUCGAUGACUUGCGAUCUAGCUUGGACCACGUUAAUAAGGAGAAGGCCAACUCAGAAAAGAAUUCCAAACAAAUGGAGAUUCAACUUCAAGAUCUUCAACAUAAGCUGGACGAGGCCAAUCGUUCACUGGGAGAUUAUGAUGCCAAUAAGAAGAAGCUGUCCAAUGAGAACUCUGACCUCCAACGACAACUAGAAGAUGCUGAAUCUCAGGUCGCUCAACUGAGUAAAAUGAAGCUGUCCUUUUUGACCCAUCUAGACGAAGCCAAGAGAACAGCUGACGAAGAAAGCAGAGAACGUGCAGCAAUAGCUGGAAAAUUCAGAAAUUUAGAACAUGACAUGGACGGAUUGAGAGAACAGUUAGAAGAGGAACAAGAAGGGAAGGCUGACCUCCAGCGACUGCUCAGCAAAGCCAAUGCUGAGGCUCAACUAUGGCGGUCCAAGUACGAGAGUGAAGGCUUAGCUAGAGUUGAGGAACUGGAAGAUGCAAAACGGAAACUCCAAGCCAAACUGGAAGAGACUGAACAGAAUGUAGAACAGAUGAAUGUGAAGUGUAGCGGGUUGGAGAAGGUCAAAUCUCGAUUACAAGGAGAAAUUGAAGACAUGGCCAUCGAAGUUGAUAGAGCCAAUAACCUUGCCGCAACUCUAGAGAAGAAACAGAAGUCCUUUGAUAAAACUAUUGCAGAAUGGAAGCAAAAGGUGGAUGAUCUGGCAGCAGAACUAGAUGCUUCUCAACGAGAGUGUAGGGACUAUUCUACUGAGCUUUUUAAACUUCGGUCUUCUUAUGACGAGAGCCAAGAACAGUGCGAAGCCGUCAAACGAGAAAACAAGAACUUACAAGAUGAAAUCAAAGAUCUUAUGGAUCAACUUGGCGAGGGUGGUAGAAACGUGCACGAACUGGAAAAAGCGAGGAAGAGGUUGGAAAUGGAAAAAGAAGAGCUUCAGGCAGCCCUGGAGGAGGCUGAAGCUGCGCUGGAGCAGGAAGAAAACAAGGUUCUCAGGGCCCAACUAGAACUUUCCCAGGUUCGCCAGGAAAUUGAUCGCAGAAUUCAAGAAAAGGAAGAAGAAUUUGAAAACACCAGAAAAAAUCACCAGAGAGCAAUAGACUCUAUGCAAGCCAGCCUCGAGGCCGAAGCUAGAGGGAAGGCCGAGGCCUUGCGAAUGAAAAAGAAACUAGAAAGUGACAUCAAUGAGCUGGAGAUAGCCCUGGAUCAUGCCAACAAAGCAAAUGCUGAGGCUCAGAAGAACAUCAAGAAAUACCAGCAGAAUAUCAAGGAGCUUCAACAGGGAAUAGAAGAAGAACAACGUGCACGAGAUGAGAUGCGAGAACAGUAUACUAUGUCCGAAAGGCGAUGUCAUGCCCUCCAAGGGGAACUGGAAGAGACUAGACAGCUUCUUGAACAGGCUGAUCGUGGUCGACGCACCGCUGAGACAGAACUGUCUGAUGCCCACGAGCAAAUGAACGAACUUUCUGCCAACAAUGCUUCAUUAUCCAUGGCAAAGAGGAAACUAGAAGGGGAGUUGCAGGCUCUUCAGGCCGAUUUGGACGAAAUGUUGAAUGAAGCUAAACAGUCCGAAGAAAAAGCCAAGAAAGCAAUGGUUGACGCAGCGCGGCUAGCCGAUGAACUCAGGGCUGAGCAAGAGCACGCUCAACAACAGGAAAAGAUGCGCAAGGUUUUGGAGGCUCAAAUGAAGGAGCUCCAAGUCAGACUGGAUGAAGCUGAAGCAGCGGCUAUCAAGGGUGGCAGAAAGAUUAUACAGAAACUUGAACAAAAGGUCCGCGAGCUCGAGAGUGAGCUGGAAAAUGAACAGCGCCGCCACGCCGAUGCAGCUAAAAAUGCAAGAAAAGGAGAACGUCGUAUUAAAGAAUUACAUUUUCAAGCAGAAGAAGACCACAAGAACCAUGAGCGCAUGCAGGACCUUGUGGAUAAACUUCAACAGAAGAUUAAGACAUACAAGAGACAGAUAGAGGAGGCUGAGGAAAUCGCUGCCCUUAACUUGGCCAAGUUCCGGAAGGUACAGCAAGAGAUGGAAGAUGCUGAAGAGAGAGCAGACAUGGCUGAAAAUGCUCUUGCUAAAUUGCGCGCCAGAAACCGUAGUUCAGCUUCAGCCGGGCGUGGUAUCAGUCCAGGUGUAAGUACCAAACUACUAAUGUAUUAA